AUGUGGAGCACAAGUAAUUUUUUCCGGCGCAGCGUCGGUGCCCAGUGCAGUGAGGAUUUACACAGCAGACCACAGCAGAGCACAGCAGACCACAGCAGAGCACAGCAGAGCACAGCAGACCACAGCAGAGCACAGCAGACCACAGCAGAGCACAGCAGUGCACAGCAGACCACAGCAGAGCACAGCAGAGCACAGCAGACCACAGCAGACCACAGCAGAGCACAGCAGACCACAGCAGACCACAGCAGAGCACAGCAGACCACAGCAGAGCACAGCAGAGCACAGCAGACCACAGCAGACCACAGCAGAGCACAGCAGACCACAGCAGAGCACAGCAGAGCACAGCAGACCACAGCAGAGCACAGCAGACCACAGCAGAGUGAAACAGCACACAAUAUAGUACAAAAGAGCACAGCAACGUAUAAAAGAGUGCACCAACGCACAGUAGAGAACAACAAUGUACAGCAACGCACAAUAGAGCACACCAUCGCACAAUAG